AUGUCUGCUAUUGGGAGGAAACUGUGUGUAAUAAACUUGGAUCCGGCAAAUGACCGUGUACCGUACCCAUGUGAGUUGAAUAUACGAGACUUUAUUAGCUUGGAGAAAAUAAUGAAUGAGUAUGGUUUGGGGCCUAAUGGCGGGUUAAUGUAUGCCAUGGAGCUGUUGAUUGCCAAUGGCAUGGAAAUGUUUCUUUUAAAGAUUAAACAGCUAGUUGAAGAGGAAAAGAACUAUUUACUAUUCGAUUGUCCCGGACAGAUUGAGCUUUUUACACACCACAAUGCUCUUUUCAAGAUAUUCAAGACCCUUACCAGAGAACUAAAGUUGAGGCUCUGUGUAGUAUCCUUGGUGGACUCGGUAUACUUGACUAGUCCUUCACAAUAUAUUUCCAUUUUGCUACUAAGUUUAAGAUCUAUGCUACAGCUUGAUCUUCCGCAUGUAAAUGUUAUUAGUAAAAUAGACAUGUUGAAAAGCUAUGGAAAGUUGCCGUUCCGGUUAGAAUACUACACCGAGGUUCAAGAUUUGCAUUAUUUAACUCCACAUUUGAUAAAGGAAUCAAAUUCGAUACUUGGUAAGAAUUAUGUCAAGUUGACCGAGAUGAUUGGCGAGUUGGUUGAAGAGUAUCAUCUAGUGUCAUUUGAAGUAUUGUCCGUUGAGAAUAAGAAAAGUAUGAUUAAUUUGCUAAGUGUCAUAGACAAGGCUAAUGGUUACAGCUUUGGUAGUGAAAUUGGUGGUGACACUAUAUGGAACGAGGCCGUGAGACAGGGCGGGUUAAACGUGGGCGGAUACCAGGAUGUGGAUAUCCAUGAGAGAUGGAUCGAUGAGAAAGAAAAGUACGAUGAAGAAGAACGAAAAAUGGAUCGUAAAACGAGGCAACUAGCUCCCGAAAAUGAACAAGAGGAGGAUAUAGAGAAUUACGAGGAUUAUAACGAUUAUCACAAUCAUCCAAUAAAUGAAGAUGAAGAAUGGGAAAUGGCUUUGAAAGACUGGGAAGAGAAACAUGGAGGUCAAGGCGCUAUGAACCGGUGA